AUGCCGCUCCUUUCGUACAACGCAUCAGUCAUGGCAACGUACGUGAUGCUGUGCGUGUUCCUGUGUUUAGCUGCGCUUGCAGGAGCCGUACCAGUCGUUUACUUCCCAUUCAACUCUCAGCUCCCACCUGCGACGAGGAUAUCCGAGCCAUUUUCGUACACUCUUUCACCUCAGACGUUUUCUUCCCCGUCUCGACUAUCCUACAGCCUAUUAAACUCGCCGGCAUGGCUAUCGAUCGAUGCCAACACCGGCCGUCUCUCUGGAACGCCCAAGGACAAAGAUGUUCCAGCUGGGGAAGUGGUGGGCAUCCCGGUGGAUAUUGUUGCGACGGACGAUUCUGGGUCUGCGACGAUGACGGCCACUCUGGUGGUGACGAGGAGACCAACACCCAAGCUCAAUAUACCGCUCUCAGAGCAAAUCCAGAGCUUUGGUGAUACAUCAUCGCCGUCUGCCGUCGUGGCGUAUCCCGCGUCCGACUUCUCCUUCACAUUCGCCAAGGAUACGUUCUCCUAUGUUGGGGACGGACUGAACUACUACGCCACUUCAGCGGAUAGCAGCCCCCUACCUUCGUGGAUUAAGUUCGAUGCCGGCAGCCUUACAUUCAGCGGGAAAACGCCUCCUUUCGAGUCUCUCGUCCAGCCGCCCCAGAAAUUCGACUUCAGCCUCGUUGGUUCUGAUAUUGUCGGAUUCUCGGCGGUUUCCGUUGUGUUUUCUAUCGUCGUCGGCGCCCAUAGAUUGACAACAGACACGCCCACCAUCGAGAUCAAUGCAACGCGGGGGACAAAUGUGUCGUACACAGCACUAGCCGGCAGUAUCAAACUGGAUGGGAAUGCCACCACGCCAGCCGACCUGAGCCUCAGCGUAUCCGGACUUCCAAGCUGGCUCUUGGUCAAUAAUAGUACAUUCGAGAUCCAGGGCAACCCCCCUGACGAUGCAAAAUCUUCAAACUCUACGCUCACUAUCCGGGAUGUAUACUCCGAUGCUCUUGACAUUGUCCUGUCGGUAUUCUUCGUGACGCGAAUCUUUCGAGACACCAAUUUGAGCAUCGAAGCGACGCCAGGAAACAACUUCUCACUCGACGUGGAGCCUUUUCUCUGGACACCUUCAGACAUAGAUUUAAGUAUCGAAACCUCGGCAGAUUGGGUCAAUGUCGACGGCUUGGUCAUAUCAGGGAUGCCGCCCAAGACUACGUCCCCAGAGAAUAUUACAGUCCUCGUCAAGGCGACAUCAAAAAGCUCAGAGGAGACUGAGACGGCGACCGCAGACUUGGAGGUCCUACCUUUGCCUGCUACUACCACUACGGAUUCUCCCACAUCCUCUACAAAGCCAACGAAUCCCGCACCUACAAGCGAUCCGCAACAAGGCCUAAAAGCUGGCUACAUCGCCCUUGCGAUCCUACUGCCGCUCCUCUUUCUCGCCAUUCUAGUUCUGCUGAUAAUCUGUUGUCGGAGAAGGAGGCAACAACGAGAAUCGAUCCACGAAAACCUCAAAAAUAGCAUAUCGGAGCCAGUCCCUGGCACUUUCGUUAUGAACGGAGGGACUCAUAGCAGAGAUGGAUCGUCGGUUGGGGAUAUGAAGAAGCCUGAAGACAAUCGGCGCAGCAGGGGGUACUUCAACUCUGCUAUACAAAAGAUGAGACAGUCAAGGACGCUUUCGACCAUUACCGGCUCUCGCAUGUCACAGGCAAACACGAACAACCGCUCAUCAUAUCUCUGGAGGGGAUCAGAAAGAAGCCCAACGCCAAGGUCUCCGUCCGUCACCUCAUCUUGGCUUACAGAGGGCGUCCUGUUCCACCCCCAGCACACGCAGCAGGGAUCGACGAGCACCUACGACGGGCCCAGUGAUGUAUUAUCUGGGUCCUCCGGCUUUCUCCAGGGCCAACGGGACGAUUCUUUCCGGAGCGUGCUGGACGUCACCAUUCCGUCUAUAAAUGCGGAGACGAGCAGUAUCCAAGCAACACCCGACCUGGCUUAUACGAGCCCGUGGGGAGAGCCUUCCAGGUUGACCCUCGACAGGUCUCAGAUGCUACCCGGUGCUUCUGGUUCCGACAGUCUGGCAUCGAUCCCGGAACAGCCAACGCCGUUGGGAUCGAACCCCACGAACGGGAAUAGGUUCUCGCCCUCGCAACGACCACGGAAAGCGUUCCCUGUCAUGAGCGACCUAGGGUCACAAAGCAGUCUCCGCAGCUCUAGGUCGGGAUCUGGGAGGGGUAGGUUCGUGCGGCAGGAUUCACGGCCGGAUUCGCGUCACGGUUCGGUGUCACGGCCCAUCAGCAGGAAAUCCGAUUCGAGUCCCUUCUUCGGCGGCCGGUCGGUCGUCCCGUCGCGCAACAGGUACAUCUUGGAUAGCGACGACUCUGAUUCCCUGGAGUCGGCCAGGGGGACGGAGAACUGGCAAACUAUACCACCGAGAGAUUCGCUCGGCAUCGCCUAUGAGGAGUUGACUCGAAGCUCUCCUUUCAUGAGGCACACACCAUCGCUGUCUCCUCGACCCCUCAGCAUCAUCAAGAAGGACUCGAGCGGGCCGGUGAACAGGGACAGCCGGGUAAGCAAGCAAACACCUCUAUCACGCCAAUCAUCAUCCAGCUCCAACAUCAUGGCAGGACGCUGGAACGGAGACUCUCUUAUGCAGCGACGUGGUUCUGGGAACCGCCCCGGCUAUGCAUCGUCGAGGGCAAGCAGUGAAGUGCUGGGCAAGGGUAAAGGGUUGGCGCAAUACUCGUUGGGACCCGAGUCGGAUGGCUCUGGCUGGGUGACGGAAGCCGGAACAGUGGGGAAUAAGGGUCCUCGGAGUCGGCGGGACAGCAGUAGUGAGGAUUUCCGUGUGUUCAUGUGA